AUGGCUCAAUCUUUAAAGCUUUAACCUUUAACCAGUCUUGGAACACCCAACAACGUUCUUUCUGACGACUACGUUCACGGUACCUUCGAAACCUACAAGUUCAAGGCCAGCACCACCAACGGAGGUAAGGUUGACUACAAGGCUAAGGUUGCCACCGCUCAAAAGGAUGGUAAGCUUGCUGUCAAGGUCAGUGAUGAAGGUAAAAUCUAAUUCCCCUUCCUCGACAAGUACACCUUCUAAUUCUGUUAGAGAAGAUCUGGUGAUGUCAAGCUCCACUUCGACUUGGGUAACUACACCAUUUCCGGUAAAUCAUGGAACUUCUUCACUAACGUCAAGACCGAUACCACCUUAUCCAAGUUCAAUUUCAGAUUAGGUACUAACUACUUUGGUAGCACUUGCGAAUCUAACACCAGAUUAGAAUUAGUCCCUGGUGAUGCUCCCGUCCUUACUCACAGAAACUACAUCAAGAAGGGAUCUAUCUACUACGGUGGUGUCUUCUCCCUUAACCUCUAAGCUUUAGCUUUAAAGAGAUACGACGCUCUCUUUGGUUACGUCAAUGAUAAGUAUGAAGCUAACCUCAAGCACGAAUCUGACAACAAGGAUACCAAGGAUUUACAAGUUGGUACUCUUACUGCUACUGUUUCUUACUUCCACGAUGCUAACACCAAGCUUGCUCUUGAAGUCUAAAACAAGGGUCACAAGUUAUAACCUACCUUCACCGUUGGUGCUCAACGUAAGGUUAACAGCGACUUGACUGUUAAGGGUAAGGUCAACAACAAAUUAGAUUUAUCUUUGGCCUCUAAGUACGCUCUUAACAGACAAUUCACCCUCACUGCUGGUCUCCAAUUAGCCUUAAACGAAAAGAACAUUGUUGAUUUCAGCAAGUUCCCUCCCGUCCCCUUCGGUUUACAAUUAGAAACCAACUUUUGA